AAUGUAGUCAUGUGAUGGGAGAGACAUAAUGUAAGACUUACGAAAUUUUCUCUUAAAAGAUUUCCGUAAUAAUUACGUAUGAUAGUUUUCUCAGAGUUUAAGAUAUGUUAAUCUCAUUCACAUUUGAACCCCCAAAAAAAAAAAUUGUAACAUAUAUACUUGAACUUGAACAAGAAGAUUUUCAUCCUUUCCUUGAAAAUUACAAUUUUAUCACCAUAAGAUUUACUUUUUUUUCUCCUUAGUAAGCAAUAAAAAUACAAUUAGCUCCUUUACCUCUGAACCACAACCACCCCACUCAAAAAAAAGAAUUAAAAAAACCAAUGGCAUGCUAGUUGGAUUGGCCCGAACAUUUAGUAUGCUGGUCCUCAGUUCAAACCCCAUGGUACGUGUGUGUAGGUCCCUUUCCUCACUUUUGGCAAAACACAAAACAACAACAAAAGAAAAAGUAAAAAACAUGAUUGUAUUUGAUAUGGCAAAAAACUUUUGCAUGCAAAACUGAACCACUUACAACAAAAAUGGCGGAACAACCAUCAUCGUUGCACCUCCAGCGUCAGAAAAAGGGAACUACCCUACCCUCAUUUCAUCUCCAUUUAUUGCCCUAAAGUAACGAGAGUUGAUUUCCUAGAAAGCAUCUCUCAAUUGGAGUUCUUGCGAUUGUUGCUCAUUUUGUGUUUGAUAUCUUUCCAACAAGAGCCCCUUCGGUUGAGCUUGAUUUUAUUGAUUAUAUUUCCUAUGGGAAAUGUGUUUUCUGGUUGCUUUAGCCAAAUGCACAAAGACUUGGGACCAGUUUAUCGGAUGCCAAGCCAAGCCAAUGAGUUCCCAAGUACAAAAAUUUACGAAUUUACUGUCAAGGAUGCUAAGGGAAAGGAUGUGGAUCUUAGCGUGUACAGAGGAAAAGUUCUACUGAUUGUCAAUGUUGCUUCUGAAUGUGGAUUGACCGACGAAAAUUACCGUGAGCUAACUAAACUAUAUCAGCAGUAUAAAGAUCAAGGCUUGGAAAUUCUGGCAUUUCCGUGCAACCAGUUUGCUGCUCAAGAACCAGGAAGUAAUCAACAAAUUGAAGAGUUUGUCUGCACUCGUUUUAAAUCAGGAUUCCAAAUUUUUGACAAGAUUGAAGUAAACGGUGAUAAUGCUGCUCCAUUGUACAAGUUCUUGAGGUUAGGCAAAUGGGGAUUCUUUGAUGAUGAUAUUCAGUGGAACUUUGCCAAGUUUCUUGUUGACAAGGAAGGGAAAGUUGUUAAUCGUUAUUACCCAACAACUUUACCCUUUAGCCUUGAGCAUGACAUAAAGAAGCUGUUGGCGGAGUCUCAUGAAUGCUGAGAUGUGAAAGGCUUCAACAGACAACGACCUGUGAUACAAUCUCACUAGUUUAUCUAGUUGUUUCAAAUCUGGUAAAACCUAGUCUGUUAAUAGGUUAUUUGCGAAGAUAUAUUGCAGAUUCAUGUCCCAGGAUCCCAAUAAUAACAUUAGAAGUUAAAGAUGUUUAUCUCAGUCA